UUCGCUGCUCAUACUUUGCAAAGGUUCAUUCCUGGUUCUAUCGUUCGCAUACAGCUGCAGAAUUUCGUGACUUAUGACUGGGUUGAAUUCCGGCCUGGUCCUUAUCUCAACAUGAUCAUUGGCCCUAAUGGUACUGGAAAGAGCAGUAUCGCAUGCGCUAUCUGUCUUGGUCUUGGGUGGUCGCCGCAGAUUCUAGGCCGUGCCAACGAGAUAAACUCGUUUGUGAAGCAAGGCAAGACAUCAGGACACAUCGAGAUAGAACUGAAAGGCCCCAAGGGCAAACCGAACUUGGUUAUUCGUCGCAACCUGACCUCUACGUCGAAAACUUCUACUUUCACUUUGAAUGGUGUUUCGGCUAUUGGAAGAGAGAUAUCGUCACAGAUGGCUGCUCUGAACGUCCAAAUCGGCAACCUGUGUACAUUCCUGCCUCAAGACAAAGUGUCAGAGUUUGCUGCGAUGAGUCCUCAAGAUCUUCUGAAGGAGACACAGCGUGCGGCCGGCGACGAGAAUCUAACUUCGUGGCACAAGACUCUGAUUGAGGCUGGUGCUGAUAUGAAGAAAAUUAAUGACCUUAUCAAAAGCGAAAUGGAUCAAUUGAAGCAGAUGCGGGAGCGUAAUGAGACCAUCGAACGGGAUGUUCAGCGGUGCUUAGAGCGCCAAAAGAUCGAGCAAGAGAUUGCCCUAUUGGAAGUACUCGUUCCCGUCCAAAGGUACCGGGAGGCACGAGAGAAAUACCAAGCCGUUAAAGCAGAGCAACGUCGGUGCCACAACAGGGUCGUAGCAUUGAGGAACAAGAAUGCACCCGCUCAUGACCUGCUGAAGUACGCAGUUUAUAUGAUUUGACCACUGCUGUUCAAUCCUUCCUCAGGCGACUUGCCCUGCAACACAAAAAACUCGAGAAGGAUCGAGAAGAUUCGAAGAGAUCUACACAGAGCAAAUUCAAAAAGAUCAAUGAGAAAUGGAAUGAGAACGAGAGAUUGGAAAACGCCGCUG